UCUCUCCGCGCGGUGAUCACUGGAGAAAAUAUUUGUUUUUGGUUGUUUUUUGCGUUUCCUGUUGCCUUGUGCGAAUUUAGACCUCCUCUUCCUCCUCGCUUCUUGCAAACAGAAAACGGGCAGCCACACCGCGGCGAAUGACUGGCUGCGAUCAUAGAUUCGUGUAGUUCGGGGGUGCAGCCUCCCGCAAAAUGCACAACUGGAGCCGCGGAAGGAAUAAACAACGGACUGUUUAACAGAGCCUCCGCAGAAGCGCACAUUUAUCCCCUCGAACUCCCAACAGGCAAUAAGGAUUAAGUCCGGGGUGCUCACCAGAACAUCCUGCAAAGUUUGACUUUAAUACCACGCUGUCACAUUGCUGUCAAGCAGGAUCUGGUAACAUGGCAAAAGAUGCUGGCCUUAUAGAAGCAAAUGGAGAACUGAAGGUUUUUAUAGACCAAAAUCUUAGCCCUGCUAAAGGUGUGGUGUCUUUAGUGGCUGUUCAUCCAUCUGUAUCGCUAGGAAAACAACUUCUGCCCAAAACGCUUGGACCUUCAAAUGUAAACAUUUCACCACACAUGGUUAUUGGCACCCCUCAGAGACCUUCAGGGACAAAUACCGUGCUUGUUGGAAGUCCACACACACCAAAUGCACAAUUUAUCUCACAGAGCCAUGUGGCAGAUUCUUCUCCUUGGUCCACAGGGAAAAGGAGUAAAAAAGGGGAGAAGAAUGGAAAAGGGCUGAGGCAUUUUUCCAUGAAGGUGUGUGAAAAGGUUCAGAGGAAAGGAACCACAUCUUACAAUGAAGUUGCAGAUGAACUGGUUGCAGAGUUCAGUACUACAGACAACCACAUUUCCCCUAAUGAUGCACAUGUAUAUGAUCAGAAAAACAUAAGACGUAGAGUCUAUGAUGCCUUAAAUGUGCUCAUGGCCAUGAACAUUAUUUCAAAAGAGAAGAAAGAAAUUAAAUGGAUUGGACUUCCUACCAACUCCGCUCAGGAAUGUCAAAAUUUAGAGGUGGAGAGGCAGAGAAGGCUAGAGAGAAUAAAACAGAAGCAAUCACAGCUACAGGAGUUAAUUUUACAGCAAAUUGCCUUUAAAAAUCUUGUACAGAGAAAUCGACAAGUAGAGCAGCAGAAUAAUCGUCCUCCACCUUCAAAUUCUGUGAUUCAUUUGCCCUUUAUUAUAGUGAAUACCAGCAAGAAGACAGUCAUUGACUGCAGCAUCUCAAAUGACAAAUUUGAGUAUUUAUUUAAUUUUGACAACACAUUUGAAAUUCACGAUGAUAUUGAGGUUUUGAAAAGAAUGGGGAUGGCUUGUGGUUUAGAGUCUGGAAAGUGUUCUCCUGAAGACCUGAAAAUUGCAAGAAGUUUAGUGCCUAAAUCAUUGGAACCAUAUGUAACAGAAAUGGCUCAGGGAUCAAUCAAUAAUGUAUAUAUCUAUGGUGGAGCAUCUUCAAAUGGUGGGCGCUAUAAUACUGGCAGCGACAACGGCGCAGAUGGUACUUUGGCAUCCAGCUCAAAUGGAUCACAUUAUAGUGGAUCUAGAGUUGAGACACCAGUUUCUUACAUGGAGGAGGAUGACGACGAUGACGAUGAUGACUAUGAUGAGAAUGAUGAUGAAGAUUAACAUUCAAUGGCCUUGAUUUAGGCUUGCUUGCAGGAAACACACAUUUUAUUCUGAAUGAAUUCUCACUAGAUCACGCCCUGUUUGUGCAGGUUGGGCCAAGACUCGUACUAAUCAGUUAGCAAAGAGAAGGAAGCUGAUUUAGCAUUUGUUCAUGUUAGUGUGGAUAUGUGAGUUUUUUCUUAUUUUUGAGAAGAGUGUAAAAUGUAAAAUCUUAUGAGCUCUAUAUUUUUCUUCCUUCAAUAUGGAAACAAAAUAAGGCAUUCCUUUGAAAAUCAAGGAAACAUAUUGCAGUCUUGGUAUAAAAUAGUGAUCUUGAAAAUAAACAUAAAUAUUAUUGACAAAGAGGCAAAAAUGAACUGUGACAUUAUGGUAAUGUCGAAUGAAACCAAAAGAUGAUAGCUGAUCUGCCUACUUUCUGAAAUAAUUUAAUAAACUGUUAAUUUUGUUACUUUUUUAAUCCCAUUUUUUAUUUUACUGGAAAGAAAACCAAUGAUGUGUAUGGACUGAUUUUUGAUAAGUACAUAUUUGUACAGUUGAAAACAGCAGGUUUUUCUGUUUUAUCUUGUGUGAGUGGUUUUUAUAUGAAGUUUACUGCCAUUGUCUAGGCAGCUAUGUUUGGCAAGUUGUGGAAAGGUUAAAAUGAUUAGGAUUGUAGAAGGUGCCUGAUUUCUCACAGGCAUUAAACAUUGGAAAUAAAUUUUAUUGUGUUUACAUACCUACAGAACUCUCCUUUUAAAAUAAAAUGAACUGAACAUAAAUAUCUUUCUGUAAUCUAAUAUAAUUUGAAAUAUAAAAUUUAAAUAUAGAGAAUGUUUUAACAGUUUUGUAAUUUAGAUUUGUCAAUACUUUUUAUAAUCCUGUUUCAGAGCAAGUAGUUUUUAUAUAUUAAAAGAAUGAAAAUAUUGCUUACAGCGGUAAUAAUCUACAUAAGAACUUCAGCCCCAUUAGCUGUACUCAGUUCUGUGUGUGUGUGUGUGUGUGUGCACGUGUGAAACUGGGUGUGUAUAUAUGUGUGCAUGUGUGGGAUUGUGUAUAUAUCUUGUGUGUAUGUCUGUAUGAAUGUAUAUAAACUGUGUGUGUGGGCCAAACAGUAAAGUUUUUCUGUAAUCGAAGAGUUUGAAGAGACAUAUUUCAACUGUUAACUUGGCACUGUUAGUUUUCUUAAUAAACAGCGCAUGGGCAUUUUUCACAAGG